AUGGUGUUGCAGAUGUUAUCAGUGAGUAACAACUCAUCUCUUAUUCAGCCUGGCUUCUCUCUAAUGAAUUUUGAUGGCCAGGUUUUUUUCUUUGGCCAGAAGGGAUGGCCCAAAAGAUCCUGCCCUACAGGAGUUUUCCUCCUUGACAUAAAACGCAACCAGCUCAAACUGAAGCCUGCAACCUUCUCAAAAGAGUCCUGCUACCUUCCUCCUCUUCGAUAUCCAGCUACCUGCACUUUGAAAAAUAGCCUCGAGCCUGAAAAGAUCCAGUACAUCAUUCAUGGUGGGAAAACUCCUAACAAUGAACUUUCCAAUAAGAUUUAUGUGAUGGCUGCUGCUUGCAAAAGUAAUAAAAAAAUUACUUUUUGCUGCACAGAGAAAGAGUUAGUAGGAGACAUUCCUGAAGCAAGAUAUGGCCACACCAUUGAUGUGGUGUACAGCAGAGGGAAAAGCAUGACUGUAAUCUUUGGAGGACGGUCAUACAUGCCUCCUGCUCAGAGAACCACAGAAAAAUGGAAUAGUGUGAUUGACUGCAUGCCCCAUGUUUACUUGCUGGACUUUGAAUUUGGUUGCUCUACAUCGUAUGUCUUUCCAGAGCUACAGGAUGGGCUGUCUUUCCAUGUUUCCAUUGCCAGAAAUGAUACUGUCUAUAUUUUAGGGGGUCAUACACUCACCAACAACAGCAGGCCUCCAAACCUGUUCAGGUUGAAAGUUGAUCUCCCGUUAGGCAGCCCCGCUGUGAGUUGCACUGUCUUGUCUGGAGGACUCUCGGUUUCUAGUGCCAUCGUGACUCAGACGAGCAGCAGUGAGUUUGUCAUCGUUGGUGGCUAUCAAUCUGACAAUCUGAAAAGGAUGGCCUGCCAUGUCAUCACAUUAGAAGAUAACAAGUUCGAGAUUCAAGAAAUGGAGACCCCAGAUUGGACCCCAGACAUUAAGCAUAGCAAGGUUUGGUUUGGAAGCAGUAUGGGAAACGGAGCGAUUUUUCUGGGUAUUCCAGGGGACAACAAGCAGGCUAUUUCAGAUGCAAACUAUUUCUAUAUUUUGAAAUGUGGUCAAGACACGAAAGAAGAAGAUGAUCAGGUAACAUACACCUGUAGCCAAGCAUCGACAGAAGAUCCAGGGGACUCCACUCCCUUCGAAGACUCGGAAGAAUUUUGCUUCAGUACAGAAGCUAACUCUUUUGAUGUUGAUGAUAUUGACACCUAUAAUGAAGAUGACGAAGAGGAUGAAUCCGAAACAGGGUACUGGAUCACAUGCUGUCCCACUUGUGAUCUUGACAUUAACACUUGGGAGCCAUUCUAUUCAACUGAACUCAACAAACCCGCUAUGAUUUAUUGUUCCAAUGGCGAGGGUCACUGGGUCCAUGCCCAGUGUAUGGACCUGUCAGAGAGAAUGCUCAUUCAACUUUCAGAAGGAAGCACCAAGUAUUUUUGCAAUGAGCACAUAGAGAUAGCUAGGGGUCUGCAAACUCCCAAGAAGAUGCUGCCUGUUAAAAAGCUAACAAUGAAAUCCCUCCGUAAAAAAGCUCCAGUGAAGAUUAUGACACCAAUGAAGAAAUCCUUCCUUAGACGGUUAUUUGACUAA